CAAUUUUAUCAAUUAUCAAAAAACACUUCUCAUAAUGAAAUUCUUAUAUCUAUUCUUCGCUUUGUGCUUUGUAGCAGUUCAAUUGAGCGCUGCAGCUCCCAAGUCAAAAAGCCAACCACGUCUAUGCCAAAUCUACUGUCCCGAUGUUGAAGAGCCAGUUUGUGCCAAACGUGGUUCCGUCAAGAAGAUCUUCUCGAGUCCCUGCCGCUUGAAUGCUGCCAAUAUGUGCGGAGAUGGUGAAAAAUGGACAAAGUGUUAAGUGCACAAUUUUAAAAAAUGUCAACCUUAACGAAUUACAUCUUUGGACGAAGUUUUCUUAUAUUGUUAACCUGACAAAAAAAUUAAAAAAAAAAUAAAAA